UGUAAGUUGUUUUUAAUUAGAUACUCGACAAAUUGAUUUCUUUAUCGAUCACGUAUCAUUAGGUCAUUUUAACAACCAGGAUCUUUGAACCUCUAAAAAGGCAAACUUUUGCCUCUCCUUGCAUUACAGUAGCGGAAUUAUCAAUGAUGACGAACUCGGCAUUGGUUUUACUCGCCUGCUGUGUCGGCGUCAGCCUCGGUUUGAACUCAUGGGAUCUUCCGCAGACGAACUUACUUUCGUUUGUGAACUCUGAGUUAGAUCAGGAUUGGAUGCUUUUCAAGAAGACUUACAACAAGACGUAUGUUGAUGCCAACGAGGAAGUCAGAAGACGUUUAUAUUGGGAAGAUACUCUGCAGUUUAUUCAGGAACACAACCUGAAGUUUGACCAAGGAGAAUCUACUUUUACAGUGGGAGAAAAUGAUUUUGCCGACAUGGCUGAAGACGAGUUUGAGAAAACCUACCUGCGAUGUCUUAUUUUACCGGAAGUAGAGGAAGAAUAUCCGGAAGCCCUCACUGAACCGGAUCCGGAAGCUCCUAAUCAACUUGACUGGAGAAAGCGCGGAUUUGUUUCAUCAGUGAAAAACCAGGGAAGGUGUGGAUCUUGUUGGGCAUUCUCCGCAUUGGGAGCGUUGGAGGGGCAACAGAAGAAAUAUCAUGGAGGUUCGGUCAGUGAUUUGUCUGAACAGAAUCUGGUUGAUUGUGCAAAUAAAAAAUAUGGUAAUUAUGGAUGCGAGGGUGGAUGGAUGAACAAUGCUUAUAAGUACAUCAAAGAUAACCGAGGAGUUGACGGCGAGAUCUGUUACCCAUAUACAGCCAAGGAUGAGACUUGUAGCUACAAACGGUGUUGUAAGGUGGCCAAAAAUGGUGGAUAUGGGAACGUUGGUAAAUCCGAUAGCAGUCUUCAAAGUUCACUGGCGAAAGUAGGACCCAUUGCCAUUGCCAUGGACGUCAAUCACCGCUCUUUUUGGAGUUACAAAAACGGGAUAUACCACGAGCCUAACUGCACGAGUAAACAUCCCACCCAUGCCAUGGUAGCUGUGGGAUAUGGUGAAAGCAGCGGAGGACAAUAUUGGAUCAUCAAAAACAGUUGGGGAACUGAUUGGGGUGCAAGGGGCUACUUGUUUGCAGCCAGAAACAAGGGAGACAAGUGCGGGAUUUCACAGUACGCGAGUUAUCCCACAGGUGUAUAAGACAUUGGAAAUAUUUGAGCACGAAUUGUGGCUCGUUUAGACUUACGUACAAAAGACACUUUUAUUCCUUACUUAUUGACUAUAGUGUACAUUGUGACACGUUUUGUAAUCGCAUAUUCUAUGUAAUAACAUAUUUUACGUUUUAAUGGUUUACCUUACAUAUAAAUAAACGACAAUACCUAUC